AUGUGUUUGAAAAUUCAAAUGAAAGUUUUCACCGACCCUUGUUGGUCUAUUGUAGCUCAUUCCGAACCUGCGCUCUACUUAUUUUUCCCUACUAUUUCGCUGAUUCUUUCACGGACGGCGCUGCUCGGCUCGAAGUUUUGGUACCGCGCGCACAAACAACAAACCAAAGAAAUCGUACAAGAGAAAACAUCAGCCGCGCUCCUGAAAAUACAACGCAGAUCACAAACAACAACCAAAAUGAAAACAAUCAUUAGUGUGUUGGCCCUAUUUGCCGUUCUUAAUCUGGCUACCGCCCAGUUGGAGUGCUAUUCUUGCUUGGACGAAAAGUGUACAGAACCAGCCGGCAACUGGCAAAAAGUAGCAAACUGUGGGGGAACUCUAAAUCCUGCGGACAAGAAACAUGUUGGGGCUUGCCUUAAAUUGGGUUACACGGAUUUGAACAAAAACGCCAAAACCAUCAGGAAAUGCAUCAUUGCCGAAAAGGACGCCAGCGGCAAACUGCAGUACCCCUGCAACUCACCAAUACAAGGCGGUACCGUCACCACAUGUGACGUUUGUGACAGCAACUUAUGUAACUCCGCCCCCGUAACCCGUUUCGGUUACGUCACUGUCUUGGGAGCAGCCAUGGCCUGCUUGCUUCACCUACUCCGUUAGGUCCGGCAACCAGUAAUACUUAAAAUAGUUAAUAAGUGUGUGAUUGAUGUAUGUAAAUAUCGAUGUUGUCUAUUUUUCUAUAUAAAUGUUAAGAAUACGAUUUAAUUUAUUUUGUUUUGAAUAAGUAUACUUUAUUAUUUUGUUAAAAAUGUUAAAUGUGGAGUGAGAGCACUAAUUUUUAUUUGAGAGAUAAGUGUAUUAAUGUCUUUAAAUUAAAGCCAUUCAAAUAGGGCACAUUUAUUUUAAUAAAUUUUGUCAGCUUUUUGUAAGGUCGAUGUUUAAGCAACAAUAAAUAUAUUAAUAGAAAAA